AUGAAUUCAUCGGGAUCUUCAACUAUCCGCGACUUGGUUACACCGAAGAAUUGCAACUGGGAUUUUGAAACAUUCAAUCAGCCGGAAAAGAACAUCGUCAAACAACCGCCAUGCAAUUGUAUCGCUGAAGCAAUUCGACGCGUCACUGCUCUCCGGAAAUUGGCUACACAGCAAGAUGGCGAUGGAUUCACAAUGGUACAGAAUAAUGAAGUGAAAUGGGCCAAACUGUUCAUGGAGUUCAUUAUUGGCAAUGCAUAUUGUCAAUCUACGAAGUGUCAUGCUCAUUCUGACGAUAUGAUUUGGUAUGUCAAUCAGGCAAAACUGACCAACUCUUUCUAUAUUCAAGGGAAUCAAAGCUUGCUUCAAGUCUUUCGUCGUAAUGGAAAGAAUCAGCCAGCACCGGCAGACGACAAUUAUAAUUGGGAGGAGACUGUAUGUCUGAACAUUAUCAUGCAACAGAUUGACUUCUAUGUGACAUGUGCGGUUUGUACUAAGACUGGUCCUCAAAAUUUGCAAAUCAUUCGGAAGAACUGUCAACGAGUGUUCCCAUCGCCAAGUCGACGACGAAUGGAUAGUAAAGGUGAAAACGAAGAGAUCACUUAUCCCAAACUCUAUUUUGCCAUUGACGGAUUUGAGGAGAUUUUUAAUGAUGUGAUAGUCCGUGACGGCGAGUGUGUUUGUGUCGAGCUGGUAGCUCGGGAUCGUCAGAAAACUCGAGAAUCAGUCGUGUUUCUUGGCUCAAUACGGUAUGAAAUUCUGAAACAAGUAUACGACACGAAAGCCUCAUCCACAUGGCAAUGGGCACAAAAGCUGAUGAAGGCUGGCGAUCGACGGCAAGAGUUUGUACGAAUGCGUGGACCACAAGGGAAAGGCUAUGCGGAAAUGGCGGUGACGAGAGUACCGAAUUGUGGGUACGAAACGCCACUCACCGAGAACCCAAUCGAUUUCUCCGAGCUGGCUGGGGUGGAACAAUCACUGGGGAAACGACGCAUGUCCGAAACAAAUCUCGCUGGCGGGACUCGCAUGUUUCCAUCCCGUUCAAUAGCCACACCAUCCCACUCUUCACGUGGACGUCGUUGGCAAAGUGAGGCGGAUACUGUUAAUCAAUACCCAGAAGUCGAAGGAAGCAAUAUUGAUGACGAACUCGAUGAAGGCCCGACAAAUAAACUAUGGUCAAUGCGUGGAUUCGCUCAAGUUUGGCAUGGACUUCGGGAGAAGAAACGUGCCGAGUGCACUCCUUUGAAUGCAUUCCUGACCUAUGUCACGUUGCCAUGGAAUAGUAUUCUGAAUGGUAUUUCAAACGAAGAAAGCAUUGAUUAA